AAAGCUAAAAGUGCAGGAAGAAAAGAGAAUAAAAAAGUAGAAAAAAACAAGAUAUAAAAAAGAUAGACUAUAAAGGUAUAAAGAAGUAGCUUUGUAAGUACAGUUAUAUUUUAGCCUCUGUCUCCAAAGUUACAUCAUUACUCUUCUUUCUAUGACCUAUCCUAUAUAUAUCAUCCAAACCAUAAAUCACAAGUUCAUUUUUUUCAUUGUUAUGCAAAAAGUCCAUAAGGGCUUUCCAUGACCUUACACCACCCUAAACUCUUCUAGUUACAAUAGGGGUAUACCCACUCCAGUCCAAUUGUUUUAUAUGUACGUCAUCAGUAACCAUGACACAGGAGUCUUGACCAAAAUACAUUGAAACAAUAAAUGGCCUGUCAUGCCCAUACAUUUGGGCUUACAAAGAUGAGUUGCUAUACUGUAACUAGUUCUCUAAUUUUACUAGUAGUACAUCUCAAAUAUUGUUUGGAUAUGGAAUCAAUGAUGGAAUCAUUUGAUGGAAUCAAAUGGUGAUAACUCAAAGCCUAGCUUUGGUUAGAUUGCCUAUUUUGGAUUAAAUAUCCAGGCACUUUUAAUAUUUUCCUUGAAUACAAUGCCAACCAAUGUGAAAAUGUUGGACUGCAUGGAGAAAAAAUAAAUUUAUCUGCUAAUCAAUAUUUUAAAUGGUUCUUUGUGCAAAUUUUUUUUUUAAUUCAUUGUGGUAUCAUCCAUUGACAGCACAAUCAUCAUAAUUAAUUUUGGUUAGUUGCUUCUUUCAUAUAUUACUUGGAAUUUAUCCCUGAUUCCCCCAAAUAUAUUUAUUCAACUCUGUUCAUUUUGGGGAGACAGUUUUAGUCAAUUGACCACUGGGUUCUUGAUUUCACCUGGUAUGCUGAUUAUUAUGAGCACUGUGAUGUUUGAUUUCUCUGAAAGUAACUAUACACAUCCUUGGAAUUUACAUGUUAUUUUCCUAUGCCAAAUUGCAUAUUUAUCUUUUGUUAAGUUCUUUCUUUACAUAUAACCGCAUAAAAAGAAAAUACAUGUUACCUAUUUUAUCUAUUCCAUAUGUGAGCAGUUGUGUGGGUCUAUGGUUGGGGUAACGUAAAAGUGACUUAUGGUUCCAAAGCCCAUUAUUCAUUUUUUAUCUAUUUUGGGAAAAAACAGCAUGACACACUACUGUUUAGUCUCAUGCACAAGUGGGAUGAGAUGCGAUCACAUUUAAGGCAGUUUGCUGCGUGUGGGUGAAUUAUUGGGACAGUCAAAAGCUAAGGAGGGAAUGAAUGCAGCAUCUAGACACAUUUAUGGCUAGUAAUUUUGACAUUAUUCUGCAUUAUGUUUCUUUGUGCAAAGGUAAGUAUGGUUAUUAUAUAGGUUAUUAUUUUAUAUUAGACUAGUGCAGCCCUCUACUUGAAGCCACAUUUGAAGGCAAUUUGGAAACUGCAAUUGAUUCAAAGUACAGCAUCCCAGCUGCCAAAGGAAAUCGGUUCAACAACGUUACAUCUGUGUUGAGCUUGCUGCCUUAGUUACUAGUUGAUUUCCAGGCCGGUUCAAGGUGGUGGUUUUUAACCUUCAAAAACUACAUGACUUGCAGGAUCUCCUUUCUUAUCCAAAACCAACUUACACAAGAUUUUCAUUCCAAGAGGAGCUGCUUCAUGUAUUUCCCAUUUAUGAGGUUAUGAGAGUGGGAGCCUGAAGGCACAUCUUGGUGGUAGGACCCAUAAUAUAUUUUACUAAAUAUAUAUAUUCUUCCCUCUGAGCAGAAACUCAAGGCAAUAAACACUGGGCUUGUUCCUGCUCUUUCUUCCCAACAGGAACCCUGUGAGAUAGGUUGGUCAGAGAGAAAACAAUUAGUUUAAAGUUACUCAGAUUCUGCAACUGAUGUGGAAGUUGAAUCAUUCCAACUCUUUAAUGAAUAAACCAUUGUGGCUCUUACCAUCUAAAUAAAGGAAGCCCCCCCCUUCUCCUGUACGCUGCUAAGAGAGUCCAAAGCAAUGGGUUGUUAACUUCAUCUGAUUGGCCUGAGACUGAGUUGAAUUUGUUUAAACACGCCUCCUCUUCCUGUUUAGCCCCAGUUUAUUAACUCAGUCGGCCAUAGAGAGACUACCUCCUUUAGCUCCAUUGCUUUCGACUCUUUUACCAGCACUCAGAACUUCAACAAAAUUAGAAAAAAAUUCUAAAAAAAGUUUUAAAGUGCCCAAUUUUUUUCUCUUCAUUGCUGGGAACCGGAGCGGCAGGGAAAGAGGCUCGCGCUUCGCGCGCAGCCCAGCGCCGCACAGCUGAGCCGCCUGAAGGCUGGUGGCCAUUUUUUCUUCAAUCCAAGCCCCUCAAGCCUCGUGGGAUCGCCGGAUUGAGGAACGGACAUCGCUGGACCUCAUCAAACUGAUUCUCAGAUCAGGGCCACUAUAUUAUUUGGGCAUAUAUUCCAAGGCCUCUAAUAACCACUAGGCCUCAUUUCCAAGAUGGCGGAUCGCAGCAAAUCUCCUUCCCGGGCUUCUGCCUCGCCCUCCCCAGGACACCUUACUAACGUGGCUCCUCCCCCUCACAAGAGCAGAUCCAAAUCAAAGGCCUCUGCCACUAAAUCCAAGUCUUCUACUUCUCUCCAAUCCUCUGCUGCUGCAGAGAGAGAUGCCUCCAGAAGACAACGGGCCUUGGAUAGGCAAUUUGAUAAAGCAAAACUAAAAUUAGCUGAGGAAGGCAGGGAAACUUCUGUCCCACUAAUUGAAGAUUCUCCUCUUUUAAAUCAGCCUGGAUGGUCUCCCACUAUCCCUAGUAGUUCAGGAGGAAACCAGGAAACAAUUUGUUCAGUUUUUGGAGAUUCUUCUACAGCCAUGCCUGAGCCUCCACAUCAGGCACCUUCUGCCACCUUCACUCCCACAGCAGCGGCAGUCUCCCAUAGAGAGGACAGUAAUCCUGCCAUUUCUCAGGAUAUACGUCAUCUUAUUAUGCAAACCAUUUCUCAAGGCAUUGACGAUGCUUUCACUCAGAGAGGUUUCCCAGUUCCAUCCCCUUCGGGCAGUUCUGACCAAAGACCCCAUUUUGAGAGCCACCCUCCCAGACCUUGCGCACGGCGCACACGAUCUCCAACCCCUUCACAUCAUAGUGAGGACUCCUUUUUGGGGGAGGAAGAUAUAGCAGAGUAUAAUCUGUCUGAGGACGAAGAGUCUACCCCAGACAAGCUUGCUCCUACCGGCCUUUUUCGCCAUGAACUUUUCUACACAUUGCUACACAAGGCGAAAGUUACGGCCAACAUGGGGGUUGCCUUACGCCAAUCUGAGGGAGAUUCAGAUCCGUCAGACCCCAACAAAUUCCUUUUUACUGAACCAGUCUCAGAGCAACGGGUAAUUCCUUCACCCAAGCUUUUCUUGGACACCAUCCAACGUCAAUGGGGUCACCCAGGUGCCAUUCCUAAUCCCAGUGGCGCAGACAAAAAGAUGUACAUGACGGAUCAAGAUCUGGAGGACCUCCUCAAGGUCCCUACCGUAGACACCCCAAUUGCCACUCUAGCUUCUCCCUCCAACAUCAUACCUUCAGAUGUAGCAGACGGUCUCCGAACGGAGGACCGCAGGGCGGAACUCUCCACCCGCAAAACCCAUCAAGCGGCCGCUUGGGCUAUCAGAUCUGCCACAGCAGCCUCAUUCUUUGCCAGAACCUCCUUAAUAUGGCUCAGACAAAUGCAGGAGAGGGUUCCUCACGAUGAUUCCAGAUUACAUCAGGACAUAAACAAAUUGAUAGCGGCUGCUGAAUACACUGCGGAUGCCACCCUUAACUCUGCAAAAUUUGCAUCCCGAGCCCUUGCCUCCAGCAUCACCUCCAGGAGGCUGUUAUGGCUCAGACAAUGGCAAGCCGACAUGAAGACCAAAUGGCGGUUAGCGGCUGCCCCCUUUAAGGGUGGAUCUCUCUUUGGGGAAGCCCUAGAUCCUAUUUUAGUUGAGGGAAAAGACAAAUGUAAGAUCCUUCCCCACGUCUCCAGACGUUUAGACAGACGGCCUUCUCUACCUUACCGCAGACAGCCUUUUCGCGCCCAGGAUCCCGGGUUUCAAUCCCCGGCCCAUCAACGCUCCUUCCAACCUCCCACUGACAGGUUUCAGGACAGACAGUCCUUUCGUGAUAGGACCAGACAAUCCCAGACCAGACGUCCCUAUCGCGGAUCCGGCUUCCGACCUUAUCGUAGGAACAAAUGACUAUCCUGGCCAGGAUCCCAUCGGCGGUCGUCUCACCAAGUUCGUCCCUACCUGGUCCCACACAACAACCGAUGCCUGGGUACUGCAGACCAUCUCUCUGGGUCUCUCCCUCGAAUUCAAUUCAAAUCCUCCGAGGAGAUUCAUCCAAUGCCAGAUUCCCAAAG